AUGGCCAGCCGUCGACAGAGGGAUUUUGAUCGGAAAUAUUCUCAAUACCGCAAAACCACCCUCACCGAAGAUGUAAACUACACGACCCACAGCUCGCGCUCCGCGUUCCAUUCCGAGACGAGGGAGGAGCGCCAGGAUGCCAGGGGAAGAUCAUCGAGUACCGAGAUUGUUUCGGGCUCUGACACCCGCACCCUACCUGUAUACAUCGCCGUCCAGGAGUAUAUUGCCGAUGCGAAUGACGAGGAGGCAAUCAGCCUGGAGCAGGGACAAAUUGUCGAGGUGCUCGACAAGCAGAACCCCGUACGCUGGCUUGUACGCACGAAGGCCCGUCCACCGCAAUCCGGCUGGGUACCCGGCUCCUACUUCGAGACCCCGACCGAAUACUACAAACAGCGCCGCAGGACCAGGGAAAUCGAGGGCCCAGACAAUGCCUCUGAUGAGCAGGAAAAUCUUCUGAAACGAGAGUGGGUCUUUCAAAAAUUUAUUUUUUUCUCAUACUUGCAUAUGGUGAAUUUUCCAUUGCCAUUU